AUGAGAUUUAUUUAUAUUUUCCAAGUAUGUAAUGGCAUCUGCAUCGAGAUCAUCAUCAUCCACCAAAAAAAUGUCUACAUCUCCUUUGACGCACCAAGUAAAUUCUAUUUUGCUUAUCGAAAUAAUGAUGCUGCUGUUACAGCACUUCUUAAAACUGCAUCACUUGACGAAAUAAAUGGUCUGAUGCCUGAUGGAAGUAUACAAUUACAUGCAGCUACCUACCAUGGAAAUAAUGAUAUUGUUAAAUUAUUACCUGAUCAUGGAGCAUCGAGAACACUUAAAAAUAGAUACAACUAUACUCCUGAUGAUGAAGCAAAAAUGGAUGAUACAAAACGAUUGUUUCAACGUAUCACAGAAAAUAAUCGUUUUAUUGGGCACACAGGACCGAUUGAAUGA